UGUGUCUGUCUGUGGUGUGCCUUCAGGAUACUCAUGGAUCGUUUCCAGGCGCUAGUAGCGCUGGCGCUGGCGCCGGCGUUGGUGGGCGUGGUGCUGGCGCAGUACCCGCCGGCCGGCGGCCCGGCCAACUCGUACCUGCCGCCCGCCCCCGGCGGCGGGCCCAAGCCACCCACCGCCUCCUACGGCCCGCCGACGGGCGGCCCGGGCCCGCGGCCCCCGAGCGGUGGCGGCGCCAACAAGCCAUCCGGCGGCUACGGACCUCCGGGGGGCGGCGGCGGCGGCGAGAGCGCUGAGCCCGAGCCGUACAGCUUCGAGUACGAGGUGAAGGACGACUCGACUGGCACGGACUUCAGCCGCAAGGAGAGCAGCGACGGCAGCACGGUGACCGGCGAGUACCAGGUGCUGCUGCCGGACGGCAGGAGACAGAUGGUCAAGUACACGGCGGACGACGCCAACGGCUUCGUCGCGGACGUCAAGUACGAGGGCGAGGCCAUCCCCGGCCCCCCUGGCCCCGGACCCCAGGGCGGCGGCGGCGGCGGACGCCCCGGCGGUGGCUACGGACCCCCCGCCCCCGGCGGCGGCGGUAACAGGCCCGGAGGUGGUGGCGGCGGCGGCGGCAACGGCGGCUACCAGUACUGAGCGGCCCCUGAUAGGACCACCAGCGCCGCCAGCACCGGCAGCACCCAGCCAACGAGUUACCAGCCGGGUCCUAAAAAAGCCCAUCUGUAUUUAUUCCAAAUCUAUUUAAUUCGGUGCGCCCCUCGCACUACAACCAACACGAGCCAAAUAAACCAAGUAUUGCCCCGACCUUCCAA